AUGAUCUUAAGAACACAGCCCAUGUAUCAGGUGUUUGACGCUCUGCGGGUCUUUCUUCAAGAAAAUAAGGCAGAAGAACUCUAUAGAGUUGAAUUUGCUACCUUCCGAAGUCGUUUUUUCCUCUAUAUGCCGAUAGAGCUUACUCAAAGGAAAAUCCCGAAUCAAGUCAAAAAGCAGCUCGUCGAGCGGAUGCUUGCCGAGUACAAAAAGAAUCCUCUUUCUGCGUCUGAUAUCAACCUUCGCAUUAUCCCUCCUGCGGGGACUUAUGGAAGAGAAGUACGACUACGCUUUCUUUCUUUACUCGAAGAAGCUUCAGCGAUGAACAAUGAGGAAAAAGCUGUGGCUUUUCUGAUCAGAAAAUUUGUUCCCCAAACCUUCACAGAUAAGAAAAAAGUAGACAAGUGGAUAGUCCUCAAAAUUCUGAAACGGAUCCUCAAAAGCAUUCUACGCCGACUUGCGUGUCUGGACUCUCUGAUCGAUGCAGCUUUGAAGACGCAGACAGAAUUGAUCUGUGUCGAUGACAAAAGUACUGAUUCAAGUCUCGCUAUCCUUGAAGAGUACGCGGCGGCUUAUCCUGCGGUAGUGCGGAUUGUUCGACAUGAAGAAAAUCGAGGAGUAGCCGCAGCGCGCAAUAGCGGUUUAAAGAUCGCUAGAGCUGAGUACCUCGCUUUCAUCGAUGGAGAUGAUCUCGUUGUUCCUCAUUAUCUCGACGUGAGCCUAGGCAUUGUGGAAAAAUAUCAGCCCGAUAUGGUUCUUUUUUCUUUUUCGUCCUUUGACAACGUGCGUGGAUGUGAUGAACAUGGCGGUCUUCUCUGGCCUCAUGUGAAUUUUACCAACGAAUAUGGGAAUUUUUCCCUUGAAGGACUUGUCACAAAAAGUGAGGAUCUUCGAAAACUCGUCUUUCUUGAUUCCCAACACAUUUGGGUUCGUAUCUUUCAUCGCAAGCUUUUUUUUGAUCAUGAUAUUUUUUUCCCCGAAGGUUUCAUCAACUUCCAGGAUGGUGCGACAGUUCCACGACUCAGCUUUUUCGCCAAAAGCAUCUAUGUGAUGAAUCACUAUAUGCCCAUCCUCUAUAGGACGAAUGUUCCGACAAGUUUGAGUUUUCAAGGUUUCGAUACCAUUCGCAGAAGAACACACUUCACUUAUCAGGCUUUUGACCUUCUGCAGACCUUUCUUCAAGAAAAUAAGGCAGAAGAACUCUAUAGAGUUGAAUUUGCUACCUUUCGAAGUCGUUAUUUCCUCUAUAUGCCGCUAGAGCUUGCUCGAAGAAAAAUCCCGAAUCAAGUCAAAAAGCAGCUCGUCGAGCGGAUGCUUGCCGAGUACAAAAAGAAUCCUCUUUCUGCGUCUGAUAUCAACCUUGAAACUAUCCCUCCUAGGGAGACUUAUGGAAGAGAAGUACGACUACGCUUUCUUUCUUUACUCGAAGAAGCUUCAGCGAUGAACAAUGAGGAAAAAGCUGUGGCUUUUCUGAUCAGAAAAUUUGUUCCCCAAACCUUCACAGAUAAGAAAAAAGUAGACAAGUGGAUAGUCCUCAAAAUUCUGAAACGGAUCUUCAAAAGCAUUCUACGCCGACUUGACCGCGAGAGGCACAGAGGAGAAAUAUUAAUGUCCUCAAAAUUAAGUAUUGUUAUACCCGUCUAUAACAUCGAAAAAUACAUCAAAGCAUGUCUGGACUCUCUGAUCCAUGCGGCUUUAAAGACGCAGACAGAAUUGAUCUGUGUCGAUGACAAAAGUACUGAUUCAAGUCUCGCUAUCCUUGAAGAGUACGCGGCGGCGUAUCCUACGGUGGUGCGGAUUGUUCGACAUGAACAAAAUCGAGGUCUUUCCGCAGCACGCAAUAGCGGUUUAAAGAUCGCUAGAGCUGAGUACCUCGCUUUCAUCGAUGGAGAUGAUCUCGUUGCUCCUCAUUAUCUCGAGGUCAGUCUGGGCAUCUUGGAAAAAUAUCAGCCUGAUAUGGUUCUUUUUUCUUUUGCGGCUUUCGACAACGAGGGUGGAUGUAAUAAAAAUGGCGGCCUUCUCUGGCCCCGUAUCAAUUUUACGAACCACUAUGGGAAUUUUUCCCUUGAAGGACUUGUCACAAAAAACCGCGAGAGGCACAGAGGAGAAAUAUUAAUGUCCUCAAAAUUAAGUAUUAUUAUACCUGUCUAUAACAUCGAAAAAUACAUCAAAGCGUGUCUGGACUCUCUGAUCCAUGCGGCCGAAGAGACGCAGACAGAAUUGAUCUGUGUCGAUGACAAAAGUACUGAUUCAAGUCUCGCUAUCCUUGAAGAGUACGCGGCGGCUUAUCCUGCGGUAGUGCGGAUUGUUCGGCAUGAACAAAAUCGAGGUCUUUCCGCAGCACGCAACUCAGGUUUAAAGAUCGCUAGAGCUGAGUACCUCGCUUUCAUCGAUGGAGAUGAUCUCGUUGCUCCUCAUUAUCUCGAG